AUGCGCUCAUCUUACCUUUCCCUCACCUCGGCAGCGGUCGUAUGCGCCGCUGCCUUGGCUCGCCAAGUCUCUGGCGCUGUAACGCCACCUCUUGACUCUCUGCGUGGUCCUGCGGAAGAGCUGCAAGUGGACGCCAUGGGUGGAAUGCACUGGGCGAGCGAGAAGCUGGAGCAGGCAAAGCAGGCAGUUGGCGCUUCUCCCAAACCUUUGAGCAGACCCAGCUUCGAGGACCUCAACGUGCCUGAGCUUGAGGAGCAAGCUCGUCCGGUGACGGAAUGGCUCAAGGAGCAGCUCAUCGAGGCCCAAAGUUCAACCGAGCAAGGCGCCGAGAUGCUGUUUGACGAGAUCCAUCAGCAAAUCGAGCACGCUAAGCACAAGGUGGAGAAUGCGUUCAAGAACGCCAAGCACGAUGCUCAAGGCUGGAUCAGCAAAGGGCUCGUCAGCGUUCAAGGAACUCGAUACGAGCGAUUGGUUCACCAGCAAUUCCCUAGAUACUCGCUCCGCAUCAGUCAGACGCCCUUGGACCACUGCGACUCCGAUGUCAAAUCUUUUGCGGGAUAUCUCGACAUUGAUGCGGACAAGCAUCUUUGGUUCGCCUUCUUCGAAUCGCGCAGCGACCCUGCAAAGGACCCCGUCACGCUUUGGCUGAACGGUGGACCUGUGAGUGUCAUCGGUGACUGAAUCGAUCAGCCGCUCAGAUUGCUGACGCUUUGCGCACUGCAUCUGCCCUCCUCUCUCAAAGGGAUGCUCCUCCUCGACUGGCUGGCUGAUGGAGGGUGUAGGACCUUGCACUAUCGACAAGAAUGGCACUGACACCAAGGUGAGCAAUUUAUAUGCGCUCCCUACAAACCGUCAGUAUGUAUGCGCCAUUGCAGUACUAACGACAGACGCUGCUCGACCUUCUGCAGUACAACAAGCACUCGUGGACCUCAAAGUCCAGCGUGUUCUUCUUGGAUCAGCCUGUCAAUGUCGGCUUCUCGUACAGCGAAGGUGGAGGAGUGAGCAGCACUCCGCAAGCUGCCGACGAUGUAUACGCCUUCCUGUCCCUGUUUUUCGCUCGCUACCCUCAGUACUCCAACCAGCCCUUUAGCAUUGCUGCUGAGAGCUACGGUGGACGCUACGCCCCUCUAUAUGCCGCCAAGAUCAACGAGGAGAACAAGAAGCUGGCUCGCAGCAGAUUCGCGAACCCUGACACCAUCGCUACCAAGGUCAUCAAUCUCGAAAGCAUUCUCCUCGGCAACGGUCUUACUGAGCCUCAAACGCAGUUUGAGACCGUUCCAGAGUACGCUUGCAAGGGCGAAUAGUGAGUGGUAGCUAUCGUCAACGCUUUUCAGCGUCCCCCUUUGACCCCCAAUGCGUUCAUCAGCGCCAUCUUCAAGGGCAACUCCGAGGUGUGCGAUAAGCUCGAAUCUAAAGCCAAGACGUGCUCAUCUCUGAUCGGCUCUUGCUACAAGAGCAAUUCGCGCCUGGCUUGCCUUCCCGCCGCUCUGUACUGCUGGUCUGGCCUCUACGGCGAUAUGCAGAAUGCGGGUGUGAACCCGUACGACGUCAGGAAGAAGUGCGACAGAAGCGAGGACAAGGACGGUCCUCUUUGCUACCGUGACGAAAGCUACGUACAGGCGUUCAUGAACCUCGACUCUACGAAGAAGGCCUUUAGCGUUCCCCAGGACAUCAAGUUUGAAGCUUGCAACAUGGAGGUCAACCAGGCGUUCAUGUUCCAGGUGAGGACAUGUUGCGGUUGUCGCUUGAUGGGCUCCUGCUCACAAUUAUUUUGUGUCGCAUAGGGAGAUGGCAUGCACAACUCUGCUGCGGUUAUCCCUGGACUGAUCGAGGACGGCGUUCGCGUGCUCGUGUGAGCAUCGAACUUCUCUGCGACUCUUUCGCUCCAAGGCUGACCCACUUCUACGUCCACUUUUUGCGUCAGCUACGCUGGUGUGGCAGACUACAUGUGCAACUACAUUGGAAACGUCGGUCAUAGCGCUUGGGGUCUCAAGCUCGACACUCCCUUCAAGGACGAGCUGAACGCCGCCAAGCAGCAAGAGUGGAAGGUUGACGGCAAGGUUGCUGGUGCUGUUCGUCAAGCAGGCAAGGGUGCCGGAACCUUUACUCUGGUCGAGGUCAAGGGAGCCGGUCACAUGGUCCCCUACGACCAGCCUCUUGCAGCUCAGGUGCUCAUCGAGAAGUGGCUCGCCAACGAGUCUCUGAUCUGA